UGUCACGAGUGUUUAAAUUGUCUUAGCUCAAAGAUUUCUAAGUGGUGUUUAACUACAGAGACUACAGAGAUUUUAAACCUACGCAGUUUCCCUGUUCAGUUACCAUCUAUUCACACCAACUGAACCUAAUGCAGUCUGAAAUGCAGUGUUUAGUUUUUUUCGGAAAGUUAUUUAUUUAGUUAGUUAAUGUAAGGAGAAUUAAUGAAAACAAUAUCACAUUUCACGUAGACAAAUAUCGUUACCAAUGGUGAUGGACAAAUUGACAGGUGAGGUCAGACAGGAGUUUCUCUGGUAUAUGAUGUUUGCAGACAACGUUGGGAUUUGUACUUAGAGGAAAGAGCAAGUGGGAGAGAACCUGAAAAGGUGCAGGUAUUGUCCGGAGAAAAGAGGAAUGAAAGUUAGUAAACUAAGAGGGAGAGGAAAGGCAAUGAAUGUCGAUGGGCUACAUACCUGGAUUCAACCAUCCAAAACAAGGCAGGUGGGGUGGUGUUACGAAUGUCAGGGGCGAUUAGUGCAGAAGGAUACCAGCAAGAGUGAAAGGGAAGUUUUACUAGAUGGUUUGCAAGUUAGACCUCCUUUCAUUUAUGGUUUGGAGAAGGCGGCACUGACAAAAAAAACAAACAAAAAAACAGGAGGCACAGCUGGAGGUGCCAGAGGCAGUGUGUGCUUCAUGGACCGAGUGGAUAAUGUCUGUGAUCCUGUUUGCCUUUGUGGUUCGGGUCAGGGAUGGACUCCCCCUGUCAGCCUCCACAGACUUUGAACACAACCGAGAGCUCCAGCAGAGGAAGCAGCAGAUUAAGACCAUCAGCAAGGCGCUGGCCCGCUUCCCCGACAGAGGGACCAUUAAGGGCCAGGAGCUCAAUAUAUACUUCGUCUCUUCAGAGGGUGUAUCCUACAUGACUGUGUGUCACUGCAGCCUCCCUGUUGCUAAAGCCUUCUGCUUCCUGGAAGAUCUGCGCUGGGAGUUCACAGCAUGCUUCAAAAGCACUGUUGUUGCCUUGGCAGCCAGGCCAUAUCCAUUUUUGGAAUUUGACAGCAUUAUUCAGAAGCUGAAGCAGCAGUACAACCACAGUGGUGGCCCGGCCCUAGAGGUGACUUUGGCAGAAGUCCAGGAGGAGCUGAGGAUCCAUCCACCUCAAGUAAUAAACCUGGAUGAGGUGGAGCUAACCAAUGGCACUGCAAAUGGGCACAUGGAGCAGGGUCCUGGAUCUGGUCAAAAUCAAAGACUGGAACCAGUGACGGCCCCGGGCAUCCUCUCUCUCAUCCUCAAUAUCAUGUGUGCGUCUUUGAAUGUUAUCCGUGGGGUUCACCUCAUGGAGUACACGUUCCAGGAUGAUUAUGAAAGCAUUUGGAAUGUUGUGGCAUUUCUCCUGGCAUUUGCUUGCUGUGUUUUUCAGUGCCACCUCUACCUUUUCCACUCAUCUGUGAAGAAACUGAAGUGCUUCACUCUGUUAAGUGUGAUCGUCCUAUGCAACUUGCACCUGCUCGGCUUGAGAAACGCGUGGCAGCUCCUCUUCCACGUUUCCGUUGCCUCCUUGUCUACCGUGCUCAUCCUGACUCGCAAAGUCCAAGACAGAACCAGCGACUGUGGCGUCUGAGGAGCGCAGGACAGCGAAAUUUGUUGCACCGCUGCAGUUUUCAGUGCAGGCGAGAAAGAGUGAGGACGUAAUCGGCUCGAUCCACUAUAACGAAGAUGUCUUGUGGAUUUUUAACAAAAGAUUGAAAAAGUACAAUAACAGGUUCGUAUUUUCUCAUGUGCAGUACGUACUCGAACUUUCUGUGCAUUUGUGUACAACAAGAAUAUCGGAAAAUGCAGUGAUUUUUGGAUUCUUAAAAUGCUCCGAUUAACCUCAAACCAGGAAAAAAUGCAUAUGAAGAACAACACUGAUGAAUCCUAGUCAAGCCCAACUUUUAGGAAAAGUUUUGAAAGGAGAUGGAAGAGCUUUUUUUCAGUCAAAGUUUUUCCCGUUAUGUUGGUGGGUUUAUAAUUGAAUGCAUUUGUUCUCACACCCAGCUCAGUAUUUCUGUUGUCACAGAGCACUGAUUAGCUUUUCAUAAUCAUUUUACACUCAGUGACAUCAAGUUAAAAUUGAUUUCAGUUGUACUUUUCCCAGAAAAUAAGAUAGUCCGUCCUGCGCUGGUAGGCGUAUGAUAACUAAAUUAUUUAAUGUAGCUUAACUGAAUUACUCUAUAGCCUAAAAAGGAAAAAAAAAAAAUCAAAUGUGUAAAUAAAAAGCUAUGGUUGCUCUACUUCUUUCUGUGUGGCAGUGCAAAUAUGGUUGAUGGGUUUGGUUUAUUUUGUUAUAUAUUUUAUAGCCAGUGCUCAGCUUCUCGUUGCAAAGGUUCACAUUUAAGGGCUUCGUUAUUUAGCAACUUCACAGUCUGUUCUGAAAGGGAAUGUGUUAAUCAUAUGUUCAGCUGUGGUUUGAUUUUGAGGUUUGUUUGUUUUUUUAACAACGACUCAUUUUAGACCCCUCGUUAGAAGAAAGUUGUUUCACCUCAUCUCCAAAAUAAGCUUGCAUCCUUUCUGUUGAUCUCUAAAUUGUGAUGAUAUCAAUAUGCUUGUUUUAUUAAGCUAUUGCUAAGGUCGGCCUUAGCUUUUCUUCCUGAGGCCUGUACUAUGAAGAAAGUUCAACAUACCAGGGUGUCUUUAUGCUACCUGUUCACUUUUGCUAACGCUGGCAUUCAGCAGUCACGUGAAGCUAAUUAUUGACUCCCUGAAGUUAACCCAGGGUCUCCUUUGGACCUUCAAUUGAAAGGGGUGGUGUUGGCAGUAUCUGACCAAUCAUAAACGUGGACAACUGCUGGCAGUAUAGCAGCUGAUUUUACAAAGGAAGAUAAAAUAAUACAAUGGGAGAAACAUGAAAAGGUUAAACACAUAAAAGAGACUGAAAGCAACACACCCACUGCAGACAAAGGAGCAAGAUGAGUGUCUGCUAAAUCCAGCUUCAUAGUACGGGCCUUGCGAGUCUGGUAUGCAUUCACAAAGAUUCAAAAAGAAGAAGCAAGCCCUUCUUAUAAAGGUAUUAUUAAAAUUCAUAGACAAGAACAUGAAAGGUUUUUUUUUAACUACCUAUAACAGGAUAUUAAACAGCAUAUUUUGUAUUGAAUGUACGCGUUUCCAACAAUAAGUAAUCCUUCUUCUCCAGUGUAAUUCCUAUUUCAUGUUUCCACAUAUGAGAAAGUAUGUGAGCGUGUAAAAGCACUGAUUAUAUUGCAGUUUGUUAGAAAAACUGCACUAUUUAUGGAGACAGUUAUGGAAAUUGUCCUUUGAAUAUGUUCCUGUUUUCUGUUUACCUGUUGGUUUGUUUCAAAAGCCUCUAUUUCCUACGGAGUGGAGUAGAUCCAAUAUUUGUUUCUCACAUUGAUGUAAACAUAGAAAUCUAGAUAAAUACCACUGCUGUGCUGCUGAAGAAGUAGACUAAGAAUAAUUUUACUGUCAGUUUUUGUUUUUCUUACGCACUCCGUUUUUAAUGGCUAAAAGUUGCACUCAAUAUCAGAGGAAGUAGAUCGUUAGUUUUAUAGAGUUAGUUAAACAUGUAGCAUCAGGAAUUAUGUAAAAUCCAUCCUUUCUUUUUUAAUGUUUAAUCCCUUGUUCGAGGACUUUUAAAGGCUGCAUUUCUUACAGCAAUCCGAAGGUCUUUAACUUUAUUGCACUGUUAGAGAGGGACAAAAAAGCUCAUUAGUUUUAUUGUAAUGUAGCUUCAGUUUACACAUGUGUGCCCUUUAGUAAUGCUAGACUUUACUUUUUUCUCAAAAAGGUUGUUUUAUCCUGAACUCCUGGCAUUUGCUUGAUGAAAAGCCUUUAGAUUCACUGAAGUUCACUGGGGCUGCGAGGUUUCAAGUAGAUUAGGGAAUAGUGAACUGUUCAAACAACAUAAUUUUGUUUUUAAUUGUUAUGCUACUGAUUAAUUGAGUCCAACUGUUAUAUUGGCGCGGCGGGUAUGUUCGCUUUUGAUAUCGGCAACUAUGUAUAACCAUCAUAAAUAAAAAUUAAAAAGUAAAGGAGAGAUGGAGAACACGCCCUUCAUCCAUGGUAUGAAUGUUGGUGUUGGUGUAGUGUGUGAACCAGAGGACCCUCUGCAACAUCUCUGUGGGCAGCAUUAGUGUGAACGCCACAAACACAACCAGCUGAUCUGAGUAGAGUCGGGCUGAGCGUAAACGAGUAAUCUGCAACUUGUUGUGACAAUAAAGCAAGAUUAUUUUUAAAGUACGCUGUCAUGAUAUCUCAGUAAGGACUCAUAAAGAAAUUACAGAUAACAAAUGUUUGGGAACUUUAUGUUUUGUGAAGCCAGAAGAAAAAAUAUUGUUCGGUAUUGGUUUUAAAAAUCCUAUGCCUGUCAGCCGCUACUGGAUAUUUUGUGCGUAGGAUUUUGGUGAUGCUAAUAUUUUUGAUAUGUAGGAGGUUUUACUGAUUCAGCAUUUUCCAGUAGAGAAACUGUAUUUAAAUACACUGCUGACCAAAUGAUUUGUAACAAAAUGUUUUUAAGAUGUUGAACCAAACCAUUUGGAGCAUUUUUUUUCCUCUUGAAAUGAAAACGAAGGAUAAAGUUUGUUUUUAAAAGAAAACAUACAGUACAAAUGCAGCCUGUAACUGAAAUGUGACAGUUUUCAAGUUUGCAGGUUAGAAAACCCUUUAUGUUCGCGAGACCAGCCUGAGUCUCUAAUCCUUGGAUGGUUUCUCUUUUAAAAUGAAGAACAGUUAUUUGUAUAAAUUGUGGGUUUACUGUUUUGUGACUCUAUUUAUAAUGAUUGAAAAUGAUGGAAAUGUGUCAUUUAUUGUAACUGCCAAAAACGCUUUUGAUUACAGGGCAUUUUCCCCAUCUGGUAAAACUGACAUUUCAUUAAUAAAUAGUGUCUUUUUUUCCAUUUCCUUAUUUUUGCUUUGUGAGUUCAUGGCAGGAAAACCUGCAGCAGUGAUUGAACAGUACCAACAUGAAAAAUGUUAAUUACUUUGACUAAUGGGCCCAUUUAACUUUUAUAUAUGUCUAUAUGCAGAAUUUUAAAUCUGAAAUUGCAUGCAAAACAAAUCAAAAAAGAUUUUGGCCAAGUAACUAAAUUAGAAAUAAUAUGCCAAUAAUAUGCCACAGCACACCUGAAACACUGACCACACUGAGUGUACUUUCCAAAUAUUACACCAGAUGGAGCUCUUACAGUGUCAAAGAGACUUGCAGUCACUGACAGAAACAAACGAAACUCAAAAAUGUUUUGAAGCUUUUAAACACAUGGAGAAUAUUGUGGAACAUCCCUGUGACACUAGAUAAUAUAGUAAAUAUAGUUUUAUUUAUGUAUUUAACAUCAAAGAUAGAAUAAAGCCUGUUGGGAAGGGAGAAAAUGUGCAUAAAACUACUAGUGUUGAAACAAGUUACACAACACACUUGAUAGAGAAGCUUUAAAGUUAUGACAUUAAACAUGGACUAAAUAAAGUCCACAUAUAUCCUUACCAACCACUUUAUGAUAUUGUUGUUCAUUCAAAUAUCUAAUCAGCCAAUCACAUUGCAGCAAAUGAGUGCAUUUAGUAUUGGAGAUGAUCUGCUGAAGUUCCAACUUAGAGUCAGAAUAGAGAAGAAAGGUGAUUUAUUUGAGUUUGAAUGUGGGAUGGUUGUUGGGGUCAGACGGGCUGGUCUGGUUAUUUCAGAAACUGCUGAUUUGCUGGGAUUUUCCCACAUUACCAUCUCUAGGGUUUACAGAAAAUGGUCUGAAAAUAUCCAGUGAGCGACAGUUAUCUGGGUGAAAUGCCUUUGUUGAUGCCAGAGGUCAGAGGAGAAUGACCAAGUUGAUAGAAAGGCAGCACUCGCUCAAAUAACCGAUCAUUACAACCAAGAUAUGCACAUAUUACUUUAAACCUUGAAGAAGAAGCAGAAGAUGACAUUGGGUGUCACUCCUGUCAGCAAAGAACAGGAAACGGAGGAUACCGUUCACACGAGGUCACCAAAAUUGGACAACAGAAGACUGGAAAAACUUCUGAUGAGUUUUGAUCUCUGCUGUGAUAUUUGGAUGGUACAGUCUAAAUUUGGCGUGCCCCCAACAUGAAAGCACGGAUCCAUCCUGCCUUGUAUAAACUGUUCAGGCUGAUGGUGGUGUACUGGUGUAGGAUGUUUUUCUUGGCACACUUUGGCCCUUCAGUACAAUAUGAGCAUCAUUUAAACACCGCAGCAUAAAUAAGUAUCCUUCCUCACCAUGUCCAUCCCUUUAUGACUGCGGUGUACCCAUCUUGUAAUGCUUGCUUCCAGCAGGAUAACACAACAUGUCAUAAAACUCAAAUAAUCUCAGACUGGUUACUUGAACAUGACCCUGAAUCCACUAUACUCAAAUGGCCUCCACAAUCACCACAUCUCAAUCCAAAAGAGCACCUUUGGGUUUGGGUGUUUUGUGUCACGGAUGGAUGCGCAGCCAACAAAUCUGCAGAAACUGGGAUGCUAUUAUGUCAGCAUGGACUAAACCUAUGUGAUGAAUGUUUCCAAUGACGUGUUAGUGAGGAAUAAAGGCAAUUCAGAAUGCAGAAGGAUCUCCAGCCUGACCUUAUGAAUGUGUCGAUUCAGAUUAGCUGGUGCUGACUCGAACAAACAAUAUGCUUUUUAUGCCAUAAAAGAAGC